AUUGAUAACAGAUAGCAGCACCAGGGACUUACUCUAACCUCCCAUGAAGUAGGUAAACAAACUUUCAACCUCCUGAGUUUUCCUUUUCACUCUGCAGUUUCAGAUUAGUACCAUUUUUCUACUCGUUCUUGAAGUUCACCCAGUUUAUUAACUGAAUUUUUAGCUAGAAUGGGACACAAAAAAAAAUCCAAACACAAGAAGAAAAAGAAGAGACAUUCGUCAACUUCUUCCUCAAGUAGUACCAGUGCUGAAGAGUGGGUAGAAACUUCCUCCAAAAGUUCAUCCUCUGCCACAACUGCGUCUAACAGUACGAUAGCCGUUACUGGAGACUGUGCCACAAAACGUGAUGACUGGAUGUCCAUGCCUGGGUUUAUUCCGGUGGUAUCAAAGGAAAAAAUAAAUGAGGAAAGAAAUAGGGAGCGAAAGCUGAAGGAAUUGGAAGAAAAAGAUAAAAAAACUUACAAACCUGGAGAAAGUGACCGUGAGUUAAAUCCAUAUUGGAAAAAUGGAGGAACAGGUGUACCAGAAGAGGACAAAAAAUCUGCUGAGCCGAAAUUAACCAGUGUUGACGUUGGUGAUCGAGGACUAGAAUGGCUGCGAAAAGCACUGGUGCGGACACAAGAACAAGCAGAAGCGGAAGGGAGAAGUCUUGAAGAUGUAGCAGUAGAGAGAUGGGGGUCGUUAAACAAGUUAUACGAGCUGAUAGAAGAGGCAGAAAAGCAAAGUAAACGAAGUAAAUCUUCCAGAGGCCAGGAAGCAUCAAGAAGCUCAAGAAAAGGAGAUAGGAGUCAGCGUGGAGAAGACGAAAGGCACAGUAGAUCCCAUAGAAAACGCAAAAGCAGGUCUCGUGAUAGGAGACGUGAGUCCUCGGAUAGCAGUGAUGAAGGAUAUCACAGGAAGCACAAGUCCUCUAAAAAACGAAGUCAGGAAUACAGCUCUGACAGUAGUAACGAUGAUAGACUCAGCAAGAAUCGCGGUGGGAGUAAGUCUCGAGAGAAGCGACAAUGGGACCCAAGCUCUGAUAGUGAUAGUGAGGAUAAAUCUAAUAGAAAGCGAAGGAGUAGGAGUGGAUCAAGAGAAAGUAGAAGGAGAUACUCUGACAAAGCAAAAUAUCAUAAAGACAAGAGGAAAAGUGAUGACCAAUCAAAGAAGUUCCAAGCACCGAAAGAAGAUGAUGACUUUACCUUUGGCAGUCAUCCACAAAUUAAUAUUGGCAAAAGUUCGACGAUCCAUGGGCAAAGCAGACCAUCGUGGAGGAAAAGUGAUGCUAGUAAUAGAAAAUCGCUUGGACGGUCUCCCAGUAGAGAAUUACCUUCUGAACAGAAGACUAUUGUUAAAACAAGGGAGUCCCCUCCAACUACUCCCAUGUCGAGUGUCAGUGGAGAUCAAAAUCCUUCAGAAGAGACUAAAAUUCUCACCGAGAAUGAACUGGCAGCCAAAAUGAUGAAAGCAGAACUUAUAGGGAAUGAUGCCUUGGUGGCAAAAUUGAAGAAACAAUUGGAAGAGGCACGUCAGAAAAACAAAGCAGGAGGCAGCCAGGCAUCCCGCAGCCGAGCAACUGAGGAGGUUGUUGUUCUGACCUCCACAGACAAAAGAGGUUUCACAAAACCUUUAUCUUCCUCAGAAAAUCCCUAUGGAGACGGCCGUGGUAAGAAAAGAAAGGAAAAGGUUUCUACUCAUCAAGCUGGUAAACGUGAGAGAUACUUUGCUGAUGAUGAUAAAUAUACCCUUCAAAAUAUGUUUGAACGGGAGAAACUAGACACAGUCGAGGAUUCUAAUGCUCUUUUCGCCAAGCUUGCUUUUAAGAGUAAAAUUGGGGAGGAUGAUGGAGCUUUUGAUAUGGAGGAUGUUUUCAUGGAGCAAGCGUCUCGUAAAGACUCAAACCAAAAACUUGAAGAGAAGCAGCGGAGUCAGGCUAUUGCAAAACAUAAACAAACUCAAAGAGUUCUCGAGAGCUGCAUCCAUUGCUUAGAAAGCGAGAAAAUGCUGAAACACACCAUCAUUGAUAUUGGUAACAAAUGUUACCUGUGUGUUCCAUCUUUUCGAUCCUUGUCAGAGGGCCAUUGCUUAAUUGUUCCCUCCUACCAUGUUGCCUGCGCCACGCAGUUGGAUGAAGAAGUUUGGGAAGAAAUGCAGAACUAUCGCAAAAAGCUUACAAAACUCUUUCUCUCGCAAGAUGAGGAUGUUGUGUUCUUCGAGACUGCAAUGGGUUUCAGCCAUCUACCUCACAUGGUGUUGCACUGCGUCCCCAUGCAAAAGGAAAUCGGCGAUAUGGCACCUAUCUAUUUCAAGAAAGCCAUUUUGGAGAGUGAGACGGAAUGGGCCCAGAACAAGAAAGUGGUUGAUCUGUCACAAAAAAGUGUUCGACGUGCGAUUCCUAAGGGUCUUCCUUACUUCGCUGUCGAUUUUGGAUUGCAGGGUGGCUUUGCACACGUAAUUGAAGAUGAGAAAUUAUGGCCACGCAACUUUGCACAGAAUAUAAUUGGAGGAAUGUUAGAUCUGGACCACACCAUCUGGCGCAAAGAGCGACCCGAAAAUUUUGAAGAUAUCAGACGAAAAGUUGUAGCUUUUACUAAAUUGUGGCGUGACUUUUCCAAGGAAGAAAAGAGCUAAAUAUUAAAUCCAGGGGAUGAUUCAUUUCUUGACCAGAAAAAUCAGCGGAUUUUCUUGUAAAAACUGAUCAAUUCUAUUUGUAAAUAUGUAUUUUCACGGUCUGUAUAUUUGUUGCUUUAUAUGUAAAAAUGAUGUUUGCAACUCUGAAAACAGAAUCCAAAACAGUUUUUUAAAUA